AUCCACUUCCCCGAAGAGGGUAGCCGGUAGGGAUGGCCUGCUGCUGCCGCUUCACCAAAGGCCUUCUCCCUCACCCCUUCUUCCUUUCCGACUUCCCCCGUCCGCUCUCAUUUGCUUCCGUCCCUCGCAGCUGCCGAUUCAACCAUGCGCUUCCUCGUUGCGACCGCCGCUCCUCCCUCCGGCGCCCGACAUUUUCUAGAAGUUCAGGAAAGUUUUCGAUUCCUGAAGAUGGAGGGCAGGGGCUCGACGAUUAUAGCGGAAGACCUAAUCUAGACUCCAUCCAUCAUACCCAUAUGAUGGAGAAAGCACUUGGAGACAUCCCCACGAAGGGUCGGAGCAGCAAUGUUCGGAGAGCACUGGAGUUCACAUUUCUUCUUGGUCUAUUUACCUUUCAAGCAUCUCAGCAGGCAAUUGCUGGGACAGAACUAGCUGGACUUCAGCCAAUGACUUAUUUAGGAGAUCUGGGUGACAUCAGUACGGGAUUUGCAUCAGCAUUUUUGCUGAUCUUUUUCUCCGAACUGGGUGACAAAACAUUUUUUAUCGCCGCUCUUUUGGCAGCUAGGAACUCUGGUGUCAUUGUUUUUAUAGGAACAUUUGGAGCACUUGCCACAAUGUCAAUUGUUUCUGUCGUUUUGGGCAGAACAUUCCAUUACAUUGAUGACGCUCUUCCUUUUAGGUUCGGCGGGACUGAUUUCCCAAUUGAUGAUUUUGCUGCGGUUUGCCUAUUGGUGUAUUUUGGAGUCACUACAUUGCUUGAUGCUGCUUCAGAUGAUGGACAACAGAGCACAGAUGAACAGAAGGAGGCAGAAUUAGCAAUUUCAGAAUUUUCAGGAGACGGUGCAGGAAUUAUGGCUGCAGCCAGUACUGUUAUUAGCACAUUCAUCUUGGUUUUUGUUGCCGAAUGGGGUGAUAAGUCAUUUUUCUCCACAAUAGCACUUGCUGCAGCUUCUUCACCUCUAGGUGUCAUAGGAGGUGCACUUGUUGGUCAUGCUUUUGCAACUUUGCUUGCAGUUCUUGGGGGUUCUUUUCUUGGGACAUUUGUCUCUGAGAAGGUUAUUGCUUAUGUUGGUGGAGUUCUCUUUCUAGUCUUUGCAGUAGUAACAUUGAUUGAGAUUUUCAUUUAGCUUGAGUUCCAACAGGUAAUAUAGAUCUUUGAAGUCCUAUAUACUCCUAUUGCCCCCGGGAGGCCGGGAAUGGAAGAUGCAUCACAGCACUUGAACCAGAGAGAGAGAGAAAUUAGUAGCAGAGCUUGUUUAUCAGCUAGUCAAUCGAAGACCAUUUUGAGUUUCUUCUCAAAGUUGGAUUCUAAAUACAUGGUCAGAAACAGCAACAGUAGGGGGGAAAACAUUCGACUGUCUGAACAUUUUUUAAUCGUUCUUUCAUAUAGUUUUUUCUUAAGACAGAUUGGAACAUAAAUUCCCUCCAAAAAAUGAUUUCUUAUCUAUGUGUAAAUGAUCGUUCUUUUCCUAGGAUCAUUAGGGGCUUGUGGGCUCGAGUCUCUGCUUAGGAAAUUAACACGUGCAUUAUGUUGGGCUGAAGGUGAGUUGAGGAUUAAUUUUUUAUUCUUAUUUGUUAUUCGUUUA